CUUCCAGGGCCCCUCCACCCCACACCCAUGGCCUGCUACGACCGCUGCCGCCCCUGCGGACCCACCCCGCUGGCCAACAGCUGCAACGAGCCCUGCGUCAGGCAGUGCCAGGACUCCCGCGUCUUCAUCCAGCCUUCCCCCGUGCUGGUCACCCUGCCAGGACCCAUCCUCAGCUCCUUCCCCCAGAGCACCGCCGUCGGAUCCUCCUCAGGGGCUGCCCUGGGCACCGAGCUCAGCGCCCAGGGACAGUCCAUCUCCUCCGGCGGCUUCGGCUACGGCUACGGCUUGGCUGGCCUGGGCUAUGGCUGCUACCCCUGCUGA